AGAGAGAGAGAGACAGAGCAAACUAAGAACGAGAAAGAGAAAGAGAGAAAGAAAACAAGAGGUGUUGUGCUGUUGUGUGGUGUUGUGGUGUUGUGGUGUGGUGUUGUGGUGGUGUUGUGGUGUAGUGUUGUGGUGGAGGCCAUGGAGGGGGCAUCAAACACCUUCACCUCCACUGCUAACAUGACCUUGAGGAAGUUUGAUCCUAACCAUGCUGUGUUAGGCGAGGUUUCUAAAGAGGCGGACGGCAGUUUUAGGGGCUGCGUAAGAGUGCACCUGAACUUAAGUCGGCCGAUUAACAUUGUGGCAGGCACCAGACCACCUUCCAUUUAUGACAUUCUUCAGGAGGAUAGGAGUGUGGAGAAGACCUUGACCUCUUUCUACAUGCCCAGGGAUGCGGUGAAGGCCAUACACAUCACCAGCAAAACCACCACCAGAGAGGUCAUCAUCGCCCUGCUGGGAAAGUUCAAGGUCGUCGAUAAUCCGCAGAAAUUUGCCCUUUAUGAGAAAACUUGUGAUUUGCCGCAGGGUGGGAAAGGCAAGCUUCACCGCCUGGCUGACACUGACUGCCCUCUUGUCCUUGCCCUAAACUGGAGCACUGGGGGUCAGAUCAACAAGAGGCUCGUUUUGCAGGAGAACGACACUGCAGACAUCCAGUGGGAAGCCUUUAGUCUCCCUGAACUGUCAAACUUCCUUCGGAUCUUGGACAGAGAGGAAGAAGAGUAUCGUUGCCAAAUCCAGGACAAAUACUCUCUACUGAGGCUCCGAAUUAGGGAGAUGUUGUUACGGUGCCACCAGGAAGGCCGUGCUUGAAGAGGAGGAGGUGGUGGUGGUGGUGGUGGUGGUUUUGUGGAAGUAUGAAGGGAAGAUUGUGUUAUUUCAAGAGGAGGAGGAGGAGGAGGAGGAAAGAGUGGUAAGGGUAAUGGAGGAGGAGGAGGAAGGUAAAAGAUAUGUGGUUUUUAUAGAGUACAAGGAAGAGGAGGAGGAGGGUGGUAGAAUAA